GAAAUUCGCGUCGAGUAUACCUGAACGAGCACCUGACUAAAGAAAACAGAAUUCUUUUUAGUAAGGCAAGAAAGCUGGGUUCUGAAUUGGGUUUCAAAUAUUCCUGGACAUCCAACGGGAAUAUAUUCAUGCGACGUUCGGAAACCAGCUCUGUCUUACACGUGACUUCGGAUGCUAUCUUAGAAAAGCUUAAAACACACAACACCUCGCCCGAGCGUCGACUGGAAUUAACUUCUUGUUCCUAAUAUCUUUACUCUAAUUGAAUUAUUGAUUGUACACUACGUACUGUUUAAGUUUAAGUUCCUUAAUAACUUCACUUCCAUUGCAGAUCUCAUUGUUUUGUUUAUUUUAAGUUCUAUGCUUUACUUUUUGAUUAUUAAUUACUUUUUAAGUUUUUCUUUGUUUAUACGCACAAUUUACACCCAAAAUCUACACUUAAAAAUAGGUAAAAAUCCUUGUCAAAAACAAUAUUUGGUCUUCACGUUAUCACCACUUUAUCAUUUUUUGAAUUUAUAUAUUACCUCUAGUUUACAACCACUUUUACUCUAUAAUCAUCUUAAUUUUCACAUAUUAUGCUCUUGCAAACUCUGCACACCUCAAACCAUCACAUCUAACUUUUUAAACUUGAUAGAAAUUACUUCUGUUAAAAUAUGGGUAACUUAGACCUAACUACUGACAUUGACUCGAUGCUUGAUAUACAAUGUCACGAAAUAAAUUCGCCGGAAAUAUGCAAGAGCCUAAUUACCAAAAAAUACAACUUUAAAGUAAUCUCUUUGAAUAUUCGUAGUGUUAAAAAGAAUCUUGAUACUUUACUAGUAUACAUACACAGAACCAAUUUAGAAUUCGACAUACUAAUCCUUACAGAAUGUAGACUAAAUGACUCCACAAUUAUCGAUAGUAUACCAGGCUACGACUCACAUUUCACACUGCAUAAUAUCAAUCAAAAUGGAGGAGUAGUAGCUUACACUAAAUCCUCCUGGUGUGCGACAGUGACUGAACCAAGUUUUGAUGAAGCAUGUUGUCUAAUAAUAGAUAUACCUAAUGUUGUAACCAUUUUUGGCAUAUACAGAUCGCCUGCAUUUAGAGACUUCAGCAUUUUCUUGUCCGCAUUAAACGAUAACCUCGAAAUACACAAAAAUAAAAAAAGUGUCAUAUUAGCUGGGGAUAUAAAUAUCAAUACUUUAUCAUCUGAAUCAACCGAAUAUCUUUGCUUACUUGCGGAACAUGGUUUUAUACCAGCAAUAACUAUGCCUACUCGAUUAACAUCAUGUCUGGACCACGGAUUUGUUAAGUCCAAAUUCCCUGCCAUUGGUAUAGUCUGCAACUCUGAUAUUACAGACCACAAAAUAGUCAUUGUAGGACUCACCACAAACGAAAAGCGUAGCAUACAAAGAUCGCGUAUGAUAAUUGACUAUGACGGUGUAGGUGAUGAACUCGCGUCGGUAGACUGGAGUGUGGUUACAGCACUGGAUAACGUCGAUAAAGCUGUGGAAGUGUUAAUGGAAUUAAUAAAGACGGCCAUUGCAAAUAAUUCGAAAGAAAUAAAAAUCAGCCGAUCAAAGUACGUUAUCCAGCCGUGGAUAACUCCAGGUCUGCUUAGAUGCACUCGUCAUCGUGAUCGCCUGCAUGCAAAACUUAAACAGUUUCCAAAUGACGAGAUUCUUGAAAUCACUUACAAACGGUACAGAAACUUCCAUAAUAUGUUACUGCGAAAAUUAAGAAUUGAAUAUGAAAAACAAGAACUUCAGUCCAAUAGCGGCGACCCAAAACUACUCUGGAAGACCAUUAAGAGAAUUUGCAACACCAAUAAAAUAAAAAAUUGUCAAGCUACUGAACUUACAACAAUAGGUGCUAAUACCGUAGAUUCCCUUAACACUUGUAACAAAUUCUUCUCUACCGUUGGUGAAAACUUGGCCAAGAGGAUUAUUCAAGAAAUUGAUGUCACUGAGGACCAACUGGCAAAUAAUGUACCUGAUACCAAUGGACCAAUGGACUCCUUCUUUUUGGAACCCACGGACGAACUAGAGAUCUGUUUAUAUAGCUAUAUGUCAGUCGGUUGCCAGCUAUUGUGUCUCCGUUUGGGGUAGUGCUGCAAAAACUAAGCUCAAGGAUGCAGAGAGAGCACAAAGAUCAGUUCUAAAAGUAAUGCUGAAGAAACCCUACAGAUACCCCACAGACACCUUGUAUAAGGAAGCCAAGGUACUAACAAUUCGACAGUUAUUUAUUCUAAAGACAUGCAUUAUCACCCACAAACACAUAUUAAAUUCUGACACAUAUAAAGAACUGUUAAAAAAACGCACUUUCAGCGUACCUUUGCCGACUGUUAACACGGCUUUCGCGGGUAGAUUUGGAGAGUUUGUGAGAUCUCGCACUUACAAUGCAGUAGCUAAGUCUUGCUGUAUUAUAGACUGCCCUAUUCCGCUAGCAAAGUCCGUGUUAACAGACUGGUUACUCACCCUGGACUAUACCACUACUGAAGACCUCGUAAAAUAAAUUUUCUACAUACCUCUUCCUCAAUUUACAAUUAUACUACACUUUAUUUUGUAAUGCCUAUCUUUGUUUUCUUUUGUUUUUUGUUAUAAUUUUACAUUGUAAGUAA